AUGGGCCACCACGGCCCCAUGGGUGGCCACGGUCAUGGUGGUGGGCGGAUGGGUGGCAGCGGUGUUGUCCCCUUCCGUGCCGGUGACUGGAAGUGCGGUAACGAGGUUUGCGGCUACCAUAACUUUGCCAAGAAUGUGUGCUGUCUUCGCUGCGGUGCUAGCCGAGCUGGUGCCGCCGUUGUGGCGGACUCGGGCUAUCCUUCGCCCAUGGAUGGCGGCUCAAACUAUCCCAUGAGCCAAAAUUCUAUGGGCAGUGGCCAUGGCCACGGGCCUUUGCAUCUCCCGCCGGGAGCUUCGCGUCCGGCGCACCUACGCUCUUCCUUCGGGCAUCGGCGGGGCGCGACCUCGUACCCUUCGCUGAACACCCACUUUGGCCCCAGCCCCGGCUCCCAUUCUGCCGGCCCUUUUGACAGCCGUGCCGCGGAAGCUGCUUUCCAGUCUGCCACCAACGGCCCUGCGUCGGCCGGCCCGUCCAACAACUUUUACAACCAGAACGAGAACGAUCCUUUCUCCUUCCUUUCGUCUGGCAUGGGCGGCCUUUCGGUCAGCAACAAUGAGGGCCGCCAGAACGGUGGUGCUGCUCCCAGCAAGCCUUUCGCUAAAGUGUGA